AUGUCAUACCAAUCCUCCCAUCACGCUCCCCAGGGGCAUUCUGCGUCGUCACGCCAAUUCGCCGUGUACAACCCCGUCGCGACCGCUGCAGCUCCCGCGGGGACCUUUCUUCCCGGGACCAAGGUCCAAGUGGGCGGGCAUCGUGUCAUCGUGGAGAAAUACCUAUCUGAGGGUGGAUUUGCCCAUGUCUACGUCGUGCGACUGUCUUCCUCUGCCAAUGGCUCGGAGACCGCCGUGCUCAAGCGAGUCGCGGUGCCCGAUAAAGCUUCACUCGCUAACAUGCGCACUGAGGUAGAGACCAUGAAAAAGCUCAAGGGGCACCGUCACAUUGUCAAAUAUAUCGACUCGCAUGCUUCUCAGCUGCGUGGCGGUGGCUACGAGGUUUUCCUGCUCAUGGAAUAUUGCGCGGGUGGUGGACUCAUCGACUUCAUGAAUACCCGGCUUCAAAACCGACUGACGGAGCCCGAGAUCAUCAAGAUCUUCUCGGAUGUUGCCGAAGGUGUCGCCUGCAUGCACUAUCUUAAACCGCCCCUUCUACAUCGAGAUCUCAAGGUAGAAAACGUCCUGAUCUCGCGCACCGGCGGCUCCCCGAUAUACAAGUUGUGUGACUUCGGCUCCACUGCUCCCCCCCCGCCCCGCCGCCACCUCCGCCGCGGAGGGUCGAUUGAUCGAGGACGAUGUGCAGCGGCAUACAACAAUGCACCGAUCGACGAGAAGAGCGAUAUCUGGGCACUAGGUGUUCUCUUGUAUAAAUUAUGUUAUUAUACAACUCCUUUCGAAGAGGUUGGCCAGAUGGCUAUCCUUAACGCUACCUUCAAAUACCCCUCAUAUCCUCAAUUUUCAGAUCGGUUAAAGCUGUUGAUUGCAUCGAUGCUCAAGGAGAACCCUCAGAAGCGCCCUAACAUAUAUGAGGUGGUGCGCGAGGCUUGUCACAUGCAAGGCAAAGAAGUACCAAUCAAAGAUAUCUAUUCGAAUCGUACUGCCUCCGAAAGUCGGAAAUACCAAGAGCUGCCCCCUACGCCCACCGAGGCCCCGACUGGGCUGAGGAAAACAUUUUCACCUCCGAUGCAAGAGACACAGAUCAUCCCUGAAAUAGCGCCCAUGCGGAGAGGUCGACCAGAUAAGCCCCAUUCCUCACAGCAUGGAUCCGCUAAACCUAGCUCUUCGCCCUAUAAGGAUGACGGCAAGGCUUCGACUACUGAUCCCUUUGCCAUAUUGGAUGGAGCUUCUCGAAAGCAGACGGACGAGGAACUAUCAAACCGGUUCCCGUCGCUCGACCAAUUUGACAUUCUCCAUGAAAAGGGUGACAAAUUCGAAUUCGAGCCUGCUAAGGAGGCCAAAUCCGAAGAUGAUGACCUCUCCCAGCGACUGACAAACGCCCUGGCUGAUGAAGCUUUCGGCCGGCCGGCUUCUCCAGAGCGAAAGCCCCAACCUGCCAAUCGGCGAUCACAGGCAUCGCCUAUACGUUCAUCAGUUCCCCAAGAAGCUCGAAAAGCAGCCCCGUUGUAUCAACCUACCCCAACGCGACCUAAAAUGAACCAAACCCGUCCAGCCGGCCCAUCUAUCGAUUCCCACCAUCAGAAGAGCCGCGACCGUCUCAGCCAAGUUUGGGCCGAAGAGGAGAAAAACAAUGUACCUUCUCCGUCCUCUGGCUUGAGACCGCAAGCUAGUCCCCGGUUAUCAUCUGACCGAGUGUCCAAACUGUCCAAUUCUGCACACCCGUCUAUGGAGACUCUGCGGCGCGACACACUCGACGCUGAAGAGCCGGUUGGGCGGUCUCACUCUGCCACUUCCAAGCCGCGUCCCGUCUCCGUCAAUUUGAGCGCUCGAUAUGAAUCUUCACAUGAUUCUGAUCCUUCACGGUCUUCCCUCGACCUUAUCCGCGCCCAGUACGAAGACGGUGCACCACUAAGGGCUACUCGCACUGAAGUGGAUCGUGACUUUGACCGAUCCAACAUAUCUUCGGAUAUGGACUUCCUCAGAGUCAAGGAGGAAGAGGAAAGUGCACGCAAACGUGAGAAGCUUCUCAGCAGUGGCGGCUCCAAGCAUGGUAAGAGAACUAGCUUGACGGGCCUCACCAUUUCUGGAGGCAAGAGCUUGCUUGGAGGCCGAUUUGGAGAGGCUUUUCGUCGCUUCGAGCAAGACAAGUUUUCUUCUACCGAAGAUGUUCCGUCUCAAGAUACGCUUAUUCCAGGAUUGACCUCUGGGAAAAUUCCCAGUGAGAAUUACUCUGCAUACGAGGAGACUGCUUUAGAAGAAGUGGACGGCGAUGAUAUUUCUCCAGAAAUGCGCCGUGAGCUUGAGCGCCGUCGGCUUUCUCAAGAAGAAAAGCGUGUAGCAAAUGCUGCGGCCGAGUAUCGUCGUCGGGUAGCCGAGGGUGAAUUAGGCGGGCGCGCAGGGGCCGAGGGGCUUCGCUCUCGAGCAAUUCAGAGCAGAGUGCAGACGCUGAUUGGAGAAACCAACAAAGCAGCUGUGUCCAGGACUGCCACAGGCUACGGCCGAUACACUGACACUGGAAAUUUACAGGCAAAGCCAGGUGAUGUGCAGGCCUCUGUCACCGGCACAGCCGUAUCGCAGACCACCGGUCCUGUCUAUGGCGGACGUAACAAUCUCCCGACACCAGUAAGUCGCCGUGACGGUGCCAGUGCCCCUGCAGGAAUCCCUCAGACCACUACUUCAUCCGCACCACGUCCUGGACUAGUUCCUCGGCCUGCUGCGCCGCCGAAGCCUAAGAACCUGCGUGUAGGCACUGGGGAUCUCUCCCAGCCAGCCGAAGCUAGUGUGAGCCAGGACCGCAGUCCGUCAGUGCCGCGAUCGGCUGCGCAGGGAGAAGAUUGGGAGGCUGACUUUAGCAAGCGAUUUCCCAGUCUUUCAGGUUUAGAGGUGGAAACGGAGAUCGAGCUUCCUAAAUACCCCAAGGUCCGCACACGGGAGGUGUAA